UAUUUCCAGAGCGACAAACUCUCAUCUGUCAACAUGCUGCUGAGAUCGUUACGUUCGUUGUUGUUGGCGUGCCUUCUGUUAGCGUCCUCCCCAAGCAUAGAUGCUGCGAAGAGGCGAUCCCGACUCGAUCUACCAAUUUCAAAGCCAGCCGAUGCACCACUCGAGGACAACCUUGCUACCGCAUCCGGUUCAGAGCCGGCGUACGAGCGCGUAGAAGCACCGGCAGCCAUCACACCGGCCGCAGCUACCAGUGCAGGCACUUCCGCCGAGACGGAAUCGUCCGCCAACGCUAGCGGAAGCGGUAGUUCGGAAAACAGCAGCCAAAUGAUCGACGAGUACUCGGACGAGGAAUGUGAUCCGGAUUUUAUAGCUUUCGAGCUGGUCACCGGGUAUGUCUUCUCGGCACCGAACAAGCUUCUUGAUUCCAUGCCCGGUACGCUGAUGCUGACCGACUGCUUGGAAGCUUGUCAGAACAAUGAUUCAUGCGCAUCCGUCAACUACGAAACCGGCCUGUGUGUGCUGUUCUCGUCAAACUCUGACAAAUUACCAGGUGCCCUUACAAAGUCGCAGUUCCCGGUGUUCACGAUCUACGCACAGAAGUCCUGCUUGAAGCUACGUCCGUGCGAACGUGCCUGGUGCAUCGACAGAGUGCAAGGCUACAAGCUGAACGGACACGUCAAGCGUACCGCCCAGGUCGUUUCGCGCCGCGACUGUAUCGAAAUGUGCCUUGGAGAAAACGAAUUCACCUGCCGUUCGGCCAACUUUUACCAGACCACGAUGACUUGCGAGCUGUCCGACAUGGACCGUAUCACGCUUGCCGGAUCCUCCGCUUUCCAAACGAAUGACGGUGCGGACUACCUGGAGAACAACUGCGCCGAAGAACCGACAAAGCUGUGUGAAUUCAAGCGCCUAUCCGGACGCAUCUUAAAAACGGUCGACUCCGUGUACCAGGACGUCGCCAGCGUGGACGAGUGCCGCGAACUGUGCCUCAGCUCACCCUACCGUUGUCACUCGUACGACUACGGAGAUACCGGCGAUAUGGUGUGCCGACUGUCCCAUCACAGCCGUGCCACGCUGUCCGACAUUCAGGAUCCCUAUCUGGACGUACCGGAAGCUGCCACCUACGAGCUAUCCUCGUGCUACAACGUUUCGAUCGAAUGCCGUGCCGGCGAUAUGAUUGCCAAGAUUCGUACCUCCAAACUGUUCGACGGCAAGGUAUACGCGAAGGGAUCACCGAACUCGUGCUCGGUUGAUGUAAAGAACUCACUGGAAUUCGAACUGCGCAUGGGCUAUCAGGAUAUCGACUGUAACGUGCGCCAGAACGGUUUGGGUCGCUACCUGAACGAUGUGGUCAUCCAGCAUCACGACACCAUCGUGACGUCUUCUGAUCUGGGUUUGGCCGUCACCUGUCAGUACGAUCUGACCAACAAGACCGUCUCGAACGACGUCGAUCUGGAUGUUACGGGUGAUAUUGAACCGGCCCUGUCGGAGGAAGUGGUUGUGGAUUCGCCCAACGUAGUGAUGAAGAUUACCACGCGCGACGGCAGCGAAAUGAUGCGCACGGCCGAAGUUGGCGAUCCCCUGGCGCUUCGCUUCGAAAUUCUGGACCCACAGUCACCAUACGAAAUAUUUGUCCGCGAGCUGGUCGCGAUGGACGGUGUGGACAGCAGCGAAAUUACCCUUAUCGAUGCCCGUGGUUGUCCGACGGAUCAUUUCAUCAUGGGACCAAUCUACAAGAGCGUUAACUCUGGCAAGAUCCUGCUCUCGCACUUCGAUGCAUUCAAGUUCCCCUCGUCGGAAAUGGUACAGUUCCGUGCGCUCGUCACACCGUGCAUGCCGACCUGCGAACCGGUACAGUGCGAUCAGGACGACUUCGGCGGGGAGCUGCGCUCGAUGGUGUCGUAUGGACGCAAGCGCCGAUCGGUUAACGCUACGAUGAGUGCGCUGAUGGAUGCAGCAGUACGUCAUCGCCGAGAAACCACACGCCAGGCUCCGCAAGACGACAUGCUGCUAGUACAAUCGAUUCAAAUUACGGACAAGUUCGGAUUCGAAAAGCAGCAGGGUGCCAAGCCAAAACUCAGCAGCAGUGAAACCGUGUUCGUAGCCAAUGAUGGACAAGGAAUCUGUGUCAAUGGAUUAGGUCUUAUCGUUGCUGGAGCUGUGUUCCUGCUCGGCCAGUUGGCAGUCAUUGCCAUUUGGACUUAUCUGUGGCAACGUCGCCGAAAGCAGCGUCAGUUCGAGAAUGCCUCAAUGGGUUCGUCGGUUGUACCGACCCCAACGCUGACCGGUAGCCGAGCGGAUUCUAUGUGUAAACUGUAUGACAGUGGUUACGCCGGCAGGCACUUUUAA